AUGGAAGACUUGAAGAUUUCACCUUCUACAACCCGGCGUAAUCUAGAGACCCCCCGGUCCAAUAGCGCGCAGCGGGAAGCGGGAGAAAACAAAACUGUAUUGCCUGAUGUCAAAACAGUUAAUGUCUCUUAUACUUUCAAAGGUGAAGAAUCCUGGCAGCCUUUGACAGAAUUUAUGAGUGCGAAAUGCAAGAGAUGUGGAUUCUAUGAGGAAGAUAAGAUUAAGUCUGAUGAUGUGUUUGAUGAGUGGGAGUUUUGUCCGUCUGAUUUUGCGGAUUCUGAUGGGAAAUAUAAGCGAAUUAAUCCGAAGGAAUUUGAUGCUACGUUUUUGUGUCCACAAUGUGUGCCAAUAUCAGCUGCGGAAUGUGGUUUGAAUGUCAUAGUUAGAAUGAUUGUUUGCUAUGGAGUUUUAAGUAUAGAGAAAGAAGGAAUGCCCGUAUUUGGAGAUAUGUCGCAUCAGUGGAUGAUCAGGAACUGUUGCUUUAGAAAACUAACUAACUUAGGUGGUGGUGGGGAAGGCAUAACUCUGGGCUAUUCACAGAAAGGAAGGGACUUUGACAGUGGUAGAGAAGGCAGAAUUCCUGUUUUGCUAAAAGACAAGUCAUGGGCUGGGAUUUUUGCUGUCAUAAGAGUGAUUUGGAAACAGCUCUUUGUUCAAGAGUACACUCACGAUUCUGUUCUCCAUGUGCGUGAAGAUUCCAACUCUGCCUCGAAGCCCCACAAAGAAGGGAAUGGAAUGCAUCUUGCUGUGAUCAUAUUGAUCAGUGCUCUGGUUUCAACUGUGUUUGUUCUUGGGGUAGUAGCAGCAUACAAGUACUGGCAAAGGAAGAAGAGGGAGCAAGAUCAAGCUCGGUUUCUAAAGCUGUUUGAAGAUGGGGAUGAUAUAGAGGAUGAACUGGGUCUUGGCUCUCGAUCACAUCCACAGCUGUCAGACAUGGUACCCAUGAGGCAGAUCAACCGAAGGGUGCCAGCUUGUGAAUUUUUAUUAGGCCGUACUGGUGGUUUAAGAUAUACAGACGAAAACAUUUACGUGGCAUGUCAGACGGAAGUUCAAUUCAAUUUCAGAUUCUUACUCUUACAGAAGAUGGAUUUAACUGGGUUUGCUCCAAUUUUUCGGUCAGUAGUCGGUACGAGGUUCUGCUGA